AGUUAAAGUGGCAUCAAUGUGCAUCAAUUCUACAAGGUAGGUGCACCCCAAGUGCUGGCGCCCCAACAAGAGCCCGACCCACACAAAGGGGAGCGGGGAGCGCCUUGCUUUUCCCUCCCUGGAGAAAUUCCGUGGGGAGGUCUUGCCUUUUCUCCCCCUCCUUUUCCUUUUCCAGAUGCCGGCGCUGAGAUGCGAGAGAGAGAAAGCUCUGCCUGCUGCUCGGGAAGGAGAGGCGCCAGGGGCACCGGGAAGGGAGGAGGCUGGGCUUGCCUUCCCUGGAAAGAAAAGCAGAAAGAAUAAGAGGUCCGGCGCACUCCUUCCGCUUCUCUUUCCACCCCUUACCUUUUGAGGAGCGCUCCACUGAAAAAAGGACGGGCGCGACAGCCUUGCCAAGGCUGGCCGAAAUGAACGGACUCCCCGGACCUUUGUAAGGCGAGGAGCCCAGACCCAUCCCUUCUGGGGUCCUUUUAGUGCCAUCCAGGUUCUGCUUCAAAACCUCCAGAGAAAGAGACUCGACCAAAAGUAGUCGGGAAAGGGUCCCGCCACGCGCCAGAAGACCUUUCUUAAGAAGUCCACCCCAAAGCCAGUGUCCAGCCUUUGAGAAACAUCACUCGUUCCGUUUGAAAGAACAAGAGGAGGAAAUCCGUUUCUCUUGAGCCUCGUCAGUUUCACCAGCCAUCCAUUCUCCUCAGCAGACAAUAUCGACGUUGAUUAGCAUUGAAUAACCUUUCAGCUUCAAAGCCUGCCUGCUUCCUGCCUGGGGGAAUCCUAUGUUGGGAGGUGUUAGCUGGCACUAGAUUGUUUCCUGUCUGGAAUUCCUCUGAUUUCUGAAUGUUGUUCUUUAUUGACUGUCCUGAUUUUAGAAUUUUUAAAUAUUGUUAGACAAUAUUUUGUCAAUGUUCAUGCUUUCCUUCUUUUCUGUUGAAAUUGCCCACCAUACUUGUGAAUUUCAGUGGCUUCUAGUCUGCAAGUGGCUUCUGGUGUGAGAGAUUUGGCCGUCUACAGAGACGUUACCCAGGGGAUGUGCUGUUACCAUCCUGCUGGGAGGCUUCUCUCCUGUCUCCGCAAGAUAGAGCUGACCGUGGGUUUCGAACCGGCAAUUUUCUUUGGUCACCAACCCAACCUUCAAAGUCAAGAGUCCAGUUGGCAUGAAUGUCUAACCCAUUGCGCCAGGUGAGGCCGAGACUUUCUGCCAGAAGCCCUGGAAGACUUUCCAAAAGCCUUUGAAGGAACAAGGGGAGGGAGGGUCCACUUCUGCUGAGUCUGUCCCUUUAACCAGACCUUUGGCGAGGGAGUCCAGGCUUGAAUGAAGGCCACUCCUGCCUCUGAACAAGCAAGGAGAGGGCUCUCUUUCUGCUGAGUCGGCCACCUUUCACCAGCUCCUCCUCCAACGCAGGUAAUAAUGGAUAGACUACUUCGAGGACUUGUUUUACAAGGACCUUUGAGGAAUGCCAUUGGUGCCCUUUGAGGGAACAAGAGGGGCCCACUUCUGCUGAGACUUGUGACUCUCUUGGAUUGGAUUGACUUUUUGGCUCCUAUAACAAGAGGAGGUCUCACUUUCCAAUAAGUUCGCCAUCUAACUCUUGGAUUGGAUUGACUUUUGGGCUCCUAUAACAAGAGGCGGGCUCUCUUUCCAAUGACUUCGCCAUCUACUCUUGGAUUGGAUUGACUUUUUGGCUCCUAUAACAAGAGGAGGUCUCACUUUCCAAUAAGUUCGCCAUCUAACUCUUGGAUUGGAUUGACUUUUGGGCUCCUAUAACAAGAGGAGGGCUCUCUUUCCAAUGACUUCGCCAUCUACUCUUGGAUUGGAUUGACUUUUUGGCUCCUAUAACAAGAGGAGGUCUCACUUUCCAAUAAGUUCGCCAUCUACUCUUGAAUUGGAUUGACUUUUUGGCUCCUAUAACAAGAAGAGGUCUCUCUUUCCAACGACUUCCCCAUCUACUCUUGGACUGGAUUGACAUUUUGGCGCCUACAAACUCUACCGAGUUUCUCCACAUUCGCCAUCUACUCCUCCUCCAAAGGAGGCAACAAAGGAGGCAACACCGUACUGACUUCUUCCCCUUCUCCUUAGGAGGGUAAUAGUGUCUGGACUUCUUCCCUCGUCCCCUCCUCCCCAGCAGCAGGGGCUCCUUGUGGGUUUCCUCUUCCCCAGGAGCAUUGCCUUGACUCUCGGAGCCCAAGGGGAGCCCAAGGGGGUCCCGGGGGAGGCGCCCGUCCUGCCAUGCCCCCUGCCCCCCUCCUGGCUCCGUCGGGGCGCGAUGGGGCUGCGGGGGGCGCCGUCGUGGUGCUGCUGCUGCUGCCUGGGGGGCGCCUGCAACGAGGACAACGCCCGCUUCGCCCUCCUGGCCGCCCUGAUCCUGCUCUACCUGCUCUGCGGGGCGGCCGUCUUCUCCGCGCUGGAGCGGCCCUCGGAGCGGGAGGCGCAGCAGCGCUGGCAGGGCCGCCUCCAGGACUUCUCCCGCCGACACAACCUCUCCGCCGCCGAGCUCCGCGCCUUCCUCCGCCACUACGAGGCCGCCUUCGUCGCCGGCGUCCGCGCCCACCCGCUCCGGCCCCGCUGGGACUUCCCGGGCGCCUUCUACUUCGUCGGCACCGUCGUCUCCACCAUCGGGUUUGGCAUGACCACACCAGCCACCAUUGCAGGCAAAAUUUUCCUGAUAUUCUAUGGCCUUAUAGGCUGUGCAGGGACCAUACUGUUCUUCAACUUGUUCCUGGAGCGCUUGAUCACAAUCAUCGCGUAUAUCAUGAAGUCCUGCCAUGAGAGGCGGCUGAGGCGGAGUGGGGCCCUUACUCAAGUCGUCCAACAAGCCUCUGGGAUCACGGAAGUGGACAGCUUAGCAGGAUGGAAGCCAUCUGUGUAUUACGUCAUGCUGAUCUUGUGCCUAGCAUCACUCAUCAUUUCCUGUUGUGCCUCAGCUAUGUACACUCCAAUGGAAGGAUGGAGCUACUUUGAGUCUCUUUAUUUUUGCUUUGUGGCCUUCAGUACUAUUGGCUUUGGGGACCUCGUGAGUAGCCAGAAUGCCCAGUAUGAGAACCAAGGCCUUUACCGAUUUGGCAAUUUCAUCUUCAUACUCAUGGGGGUGUGUUGCAUCUAUUCCUUGUUUAACGUGAUCUCUAUUGUUAUCAAACAGUCCAUAAACUGGAUAUUAAAGAAACUGGAGUGGACAUGCCAUAAAUGCCAAAGAAAAUUCUUCCGAUCGCGCAGGAACGUUGUGGUGCCAGGGACUACGCGGAACCAGCGCAACAUAUCCAUUGAAUCUGAUGGUGUCAUAGAGAGCGAUACAGAUGGACGCAGAAUGUCUGGCGAGAUGAUCUCCAUGAAAGACCUUUUGGCCUCUAACAAAGUGUCACUGGCCAUCAUGCAGAAACAGUUGUCUGACAGUGCCAAUGGCUUUCCGAGACAGAUGAACAGCGUUCCUAGGCAAAACGGAUUCGCUGGUGGAGUGGGUGCUUUGGGGAUUAUGAAUAACAGACUGGCAGAGACAAGUACAGAUAGGUAGACAUCAACACUGGGAGUACAUCAGUGAACGCAGAUUAAGUAGAGACAGAGCAAGCCUUUUAAAAGGGGGGAUCCCUAACAGUUUUGCUGGUAGUUCUGUUGCUUUUGCAUCAGGGCAACAAUUUGCCUUACAGAAUACAUUGUAGAUGUUUCCAUCAGAUCAUACAGCUUUACCUACAGACUUCUGCAGUACAUGUUCUGUUGAAGUCCAAGCUAGAAGCAGAGAAAUGAGUGUAGUAAAGCCAUGGGAUGCUAAUCUUUCUAUACUGAGAACGCCGUUCUGGAAGCUGCUUUGUUGGCUCCACUGUUUCAGCAUCAAAGAAUAAUAGUGCUGGCAGAAAGGGGAAUUUGCAUCAUCAGGGCCUGGCCUUUCCCACAGCAUUGGCACAAGUUAGGCACUCGUUAUUUGCAUCUUAUUUGGAUACUUUUCCAGCUUCAUACUUUGAUUUACUUUGCACCCUUUGGAAUGCUAGUAUAAAGAGUAACCAGGUUGCACUGUAAAUCAUGCCUUGGUUGGUGUCAGAAGCACAUUUGCAGGAUAAGACAAGCAUGUCUGGUGGAUUCAUUAUUAUUAUUGCAGCAGCAGCAGCAGCAGCAAAUCCACUCUCUGUAUUUACAGCCAUUCUUAUUGUCGCUGCUCCAAAUAUUGUGGUGAUCAUCCACACGCCGAGCCCUUUUCCUAGUAGAGAGUUGGCACUGGGAGAGUUCCUGAACAACCUGGAGUAGCUACAGGAAAACAUUUACAGAGACCUGCAUUCGUUUUCAGUACUGACUAGAGUAAACCUAUUAAAUCCAUUGAUUUCAUUUGUCUGUUGACUCGCCAGUUGGGAUUAUCCAACCACAGUGGAUUAACAACAAUCACUUGAUAUGUUUGUGCCUUGAUUCCUAAAUAACAACAACAUUACAACAUUAUUCUCAGGUUUCCAGUGCUCAAAAACUACUAAUUACUUGCUCUUACUUUAUAAACCCUUUCACACCCCACAAUUAUAGCAGUAUGGUACCACUUUAACUGCCAUGUUUCUAUCCUAUGAAGUCCUUAGAUUUGCAGUUUAGAAAAAGGAUAUUUGGAACUGUCUAGUAUGACACCAAACUAACUCGGGGUUUGCAUUUCUGAAAGGGAUAUUUAGAAUUAUUGUAUCACCAAACUAUAAACUGUGAUGGUUAAAAAUUGAAUCGUAGUGUUAUAAUUCUGUAGUGUGAAAAGGUUUAUGACACUGGAAAACAAUUCUUCUUGAAUCUUUUCAGCCAGAUAAAGAGCUAAACAUGAUAUGUUUCCAAACAAAAGUAUAAAACAGUGGCCCAAUCUGAAAGUAUUGUGCACUGGAAAGUGCUGUGCAAGAAUAGUUUUAUGUAUGAGAAGGUGCUGGAAGCAAUCACUCAGAAGAGAGAUGGAAAAGUAAUUAUGCAUCCAUUGUUCAGAAUUCAUUUGUGUUUGAAUUCAAAAAACAUGAGCACUGUGCUUUUGCAUAAUGAACACCUUUGGAAAUUGAACAGUUGAUCUUUCUUCUGACCCUCAAACUCCUUUGUCUUAUUAUAUACAUCCAAAUUCUUGUGCAGCAGGAUUCUCAUAGAAUCACAGAGUUGGAAAAGACCACAAAAGACAUCCAAGUCCAACCUCAUCCUGCUAUGCAGGAACACACGAUCAAAGCACUCUAGACAGUUGGCAUCAGCCACUGCUUAAAAAUCUCCAGAAAAAAAGACCCCAUCAUAUUUCAAGGAAGGGUAUUCCACUGUCCAACAGCUCUUGCCAUCAAGAAGUUAUUCCUAGUGGUUAGGUGGAACCUCUUUUCCUGUAGUUUGAAACGACUGCUCCAUAGACAAGUCUCUAGAACAACAAAAAACAAACUUGCCCACUCCUCAAAAUUCUUUGCGAUAGUUAGAAAUUGGAAUGCCCCCUCUUAACCUUUUCUUUUCCAAGCUAAACAUAUCCCGGUGCCCAGAACUGGACACAGUAUUCCAAAUAAGGUCUGACCAAAGCAGAAUAGAAUGGUACUAUUACUUCUCUUAGUCUAGACCAGGCAUGGGCAAACUUUGGUCAUCCAGGUGUUUUGGACUUCAACUCCCACCAUUCCUAACAGCCUCGGGCCCCUUCCUUUUCCCCCCUCAGCCACUGUUAGAUGUGGAUGCACAUACGUAAAACCACUAUCUCACACACAAAAGGGGUAGGACAAAGCACAUGUUUUUGCUUGAAAAUAAAAACCUGCUGCCAGACACACACUAUAAACUAAAUCCCUUAGAAUAUUCUGACAUAAGAGUUUUCAGAAAGUAAUGCCUACAGAUGUUCCAUUAGGAAAACUGGAUGCACACUUAUCACUAUCCUCAAUACACAAAACCCUAAGAAAAGGUCAUUGUUCCUAAACAAAUCCCAAAACCUGUAAAGGGAGUGGUUAAAACAAAAAACCACUCUUUUUACAGCUAAAUCCACAGACUUUAUUUAAACAGUGAACUGAAAUUAUAAUAUGUGACAUAGAAAGAACAAAGAGAAAUCAGCAGUAGAAUUGUAUUAUCUAGGGAUUUUGUCCAUCAGUUUUGUUAAACUGGAAACUUUUAACUUGGAGAUAAAGUGACUGUGAUCUCCUAGGUAUCUUUUUAUUAAAUAUUUUCAUUAAUGGAAGAAAGUGGCACUUUUUCUUUGUAAUUUAAAUAUGAUUCCAAUUUUGAAUAUAUUUCUUCUGAAAGGACUGUGAAAUUUACACACAAACUAACAUGAUGGCAUCAUAAACUGAAGUGAUCUAAGUGGAAUGAAAUCCAGCAUCACAAAAUGUGCAGUGAUGUAUUUGAAAGUAAACAAUAAAAUAUGCUUGUUAUCGGC